CACCGUACGUGCAGUGCCCUGGUUCCCCAGAAUGCUUCCACCCUACUGCAGUGUUGGACCCUUUGACAGAUCUCUCCGCACUCGCCCACCCCCGGCCUGGCACAUGCUGCACUCCUCCUUGGUUUCUAUGCGCUCAUCAUUUCACACCCCACAUUUAUGCAACCACAAGGUUCUGAAAAGCAGAAGGACGGACAGACCCAGAUGGCUUCCCCUGACAGGAGGGAGUGCUCCCGGCCCAGGAGUGCUGGCCAGGAUCCAAGGCAGAGCAGGGGCUGCCCGGCCCAGGAGCAGGCAGCAGGCCAGCCGGCCGUGCUGGAGAAGGCACAGGAGUUCUUCCAGACCUGUGACCCAGAGGGCAAGGGCUUCAUUGCCAGGACCGACAUGCAGAGGCUCCAUGAGGAGCUGCCGCUCAGCCUGCAGGACCUGGAGGAUGUGUUCGAUGCCCUGGAUGCUGAUGGCAACGGGUUUCUGACCCCAGAGGAGUUUGCUGCUGGCUUCAGCCACUUCUUCUCCAGCCAGGGUGCCCUGAGUCAGGGAGCUGCAGACCAGCAGGUGGCCCAGCUCCCGGAGGAGAAGGUGUACCAGUCCAGAGGGAAUGGGGGCCAGGACGAGGAAGCCCAGUUCCAGGUGCUGAUGGACAGACUUGGAGCCCAGACGGUGUUGGAGGAUGAAAAUGACAUCAAGCAGCUCUGGCUGCAGCUGAAGAAGGACGAACCUCAUCUGCUGUCCAACUUCGAAGAACUCCUGACCAGGAUCUUCUCCCAGCUCCAGGAAGCCCACGAGGAGAAGAGUGAACUCGAAUACGCCCUAAAAAAGAAAAUUGUAGCUUAUGAUGAAGAAAUCCAGCAUCUCUAUGAGGAGAUGGAACAACAGAUCAAAAGCGAGAGAGAGCAGUUUCUCCUGAAGGACACAGAGAGGUUCCAGGCCCGCAGUGAGGAGCUGGAGAAGGAACUGUUUGCCAAGGAGCAGGAGCUGGAGCUGCUCAGCCAGAAGCAGAGAACGCUGGAAGGCCAGUGUGAGGCCCUGCACCACGACAAGCAUGAGACCAAGGCCGAGAACACCAAGUUGAAACUCAGGAACCAGGGGCUGGCACAGGAGCUGGAGCGGGUCUCUAGAGAGCUGCAGGAUGCACAGCAGCACCUGGGGAGCCUCCAGCAGGAGGCCUGCAGGCUGCACCAGGAGAAGGAGAUGGAGGUGUACCGCGUGACGGAGAGUCUGCAGCGGGAGAAGUCGGGACUCCUGAAGCAGCUGGACUUCCUCAGGGAGAGGAACAAGCACCUCCGGGAUGAGCGUGAUGUAAGCUUUCAGAAAGAUAAGGCAGCCCAGGCAAGCACAGCUGCUUCCAGGGCAAGCUGGAAGCAGAGAUCUGGCUCCGUGAUCGGCAAAUACGUGGACAGCAGAGGGGUCCUUAGAAGCCAGUCGGAGGAGGAGGAAGAUGUGUUCAGCAUUCCGAGGAGGAAGAGCUCCCUGGGCCCGAGUGCGUAUCCCCUCACAGAAGAGGAGCCAGGGCCGGGAGAGCCAGGGGCUGGGGGUCCACGCUGCCGGGCUCUGCGCAGGAUCAUCUCCAUCGAGGAAGACCCCCUGCCCCAGCUCCUGGACAGCAGCCCCAAGCAACCACUGAGCAAGGGCCCAGAGCAGGAGGGAGUCUCCCACCAGGGGGCAGAGGGACCGGUCCAGCAGGCCCUGUCCUUGGCAUGCUCCCCCUCGUCUCCCCGAGAGCAGCCUGUCGGGAAAGAAGCCCUCUGUCAGGUGGAAAGCUUGCCCUCCACUCCAGACCGGCUGUUCAAAAUCGUGUUUGUGGGCAACUCCGCCGUGGGGAAGACGUCCUUCCUGAGGAGGCUCUGCGAGGACCACUUCUCCCCAGGCGUUGCAGCCACUGUGGGUAUCGAUUACCGAGUGAAGACGGUGAACGUGGACAACUCUCAGGUGGCCCUGCAGCUGUGGGACACGGCUGGGCAGGAGAGGUACCGCUGCAUCACCCAGCAGUUCUUCCGGAAGGCUGACGGCGUCAUUGUCAUGUAUGACCUCACGGCCAAGGAGUCCUUCCUGUCGGUCCGGCAGUGGCUCAGCAGCGUAGAGGAAGCUGUGGGAGACCGUGUUCCUGUUCUUCUGCUGGGCAAUAAACUUGACAAUGAGAAGGAGCGGGAAGUUCCCCAGGGCCUGGGGGAGCAGCUUGCCAAGGAGAACAAUCUGAUCUUCUAUGAGUGCAGUGCCUGUUCCGGCCACAACACCAAAGAGUCCCUGCUCCACCUAGCCAGGUUCUUGAAGGAACAGGAAGACACGGUGAGGGAGGAUACCAUUCAGAUGGGCCGCCCCGCUAAGAAGAAGUCCUGCUGCGGAUGACAGGAGGCCUCCGAGGUCUGGCUGUGGGGCACCUCGCCCUGCACAUGGGCUCCCUACCACAGCCUGAGAGUCCGGCCCAGACCCUGUCUUAGCUGGCGAUUCGCCUCCCCCAGCAGGGACAUCAUUGGGCCAGCAGUGCUGCUCCCAUGAACCUCUCCUGGACCCCAAGUGCCUGUCCCUUUUUUCCUCCAGCUUGGUUUCCUGGGGGAAAGAAACAGAUGGGCUUUUCCAGAAAAACCAUUGCAUGCCUUCUCCACCUCCCUUCUCCCCAGGCCCUUAGCAGCCUCUGUACUGCAAUUGCCAUGGCAACUGGGUGGGGCCACCUUGUUGCUUCCUGGAGGCUAAAGAUGGACCCCUCAGGUGAAGCCAGCAAUGCUUCUCUUGCUUUGACUCUACUAUUUCUUCUUGGCAUGUACUUCGUGGACCUGAGAGACCCGAGUUGUUGAAAGAAGCAAAUCUCUGCCAAGGGGCUCUGCUCCCCAUCUCAGCCUCAGAGCAGCUCCCAUGCUCACCCAGCCCACAGGCCUCCCUGUCGGGGUCUCUGGAGUGGUGCCAGAGAACCACAGCCUUUCCUGCCCGCCCCAGUGGCCACCCUGGCUCCAGGGCGAGCCGAGGGAGAGCCAGGGAGUCAGCUUUCUUCCUACCUAACUCUGACUAAGACAUGGAAAAGAAACAGGGACGAAGCCAUCUGCUGCUGAGGGACGGCCUUCUCGGGGGUGUGAGUAAGGUAGAGGCAGCUGUGUAGCUCCAGAAAAUCACUCGUGGUGACUGUGGCAGAGACUGACUCGUAGGCCAUGUGGCCCAGCACGGGAGCUACAGUUGCCGACUGUGUCUUACUCUGUCUCCCUUCCUGAGAUGGUAAGAGUUUUCUUUAAUGUGGUUGUAAGCUGCACUUUGUGAUGUUUGAGAAGGGACCGCAGUGUAGCUGCUGCUUCGUCACAGGCAGAGGAACAGAGGGAACAGCCUGGGUCCCUGUGAGAGUCCUUCUGCUGGGAGGUAUCUCAGACACCGGCCUUCUCAGGGGUCCCGGGAUGGCAUCAGCACAGCAAGUGCACUCACUCUUGCCCUGGGUAGGAGGUCGGACGGGAUGAGACCACAAGACCCUGCCAAAUGUGAGUUCAGGACUGCAGCCCCAGGUGCCCCCCAGAAGGUGGGUGGUCCAGACCCCAGCGUCAUGCACACUGAGGGAGAUGGCAGGAAGCGUACUGGGGUCAACCCUCAGCAGAUGGCUGAAGACAGCCCACACGCUGGAGUCCCAAGGGCCUUCCCAGACUCCUUCCAGACCCCAGAGAGUUGCCGCCGUGGGUCACCAAGCCAGAAGCCACCUCCCUUUCCCAAGCCUCUCCCUCUCCCUGAUGCUUGCAGGGGGCGUGAGUGUCUGGAGAUCUGGAGGUGCUCAUACCCAGGCCCUGCCUCACCAGCACAGUGAGCGGUGAGCUCUGAUGCUCGGGAGCUUCCUUCUCAGAUGCUUGUGGUGGUGUAUUCGUCUUCCUUCACUGACUGACGCCGUCCAGGUCUGGAGAGAGCUUUCAGGAAACGCCUGUCUCAGGGAAUGGCAAUGUGAUGGCCUCAGAGGCUGUGGCAGGCAGGGUGUGGGGAGGGGGAGGCAGGGUGGUCAGAGAAUAGAUCAGCUCCCUGGCUGGCCAGACACAGAGAAGGAACUGGUAUUGGGUUGGUAUCAUGGGUAAGCAGACUUCACCUGGGGGUCCCUAAAUCCCCAGGUGACUUUGUCUCCCAUACCUUGUCCCUGCCUCAGAUUUUUCCCAUUGAUAAAAAGUGCCUUCAAGGGUUUGCAGGUGGGUGGGACAACCCUACUGCCAGACUUCUGACAUGGGGUGGUAAAUGCCACCACUCUUCAGAGGCCUGGCAGAGAAGGAGGGGUAGGAGGCCCUCCACCCACGCGGGAGACUGCAGGAAGUGUUCAGGUCAGGCCUCCAGGAGGACUCUGCUUCCCCUUCUGCUCACUGUAGGAGACUGGAGAAUGGGGGCUUCAGGGAUGCUCUGAGAGGCUCUUCUUCCCCAGCUCCUCCUUCCCCUCCUUUGGGUUCACUUAAGCCACCAGGUGGAUCAGAGCUACCCUGGAGGUCACCUGGCCCAGUGGCUGGCAGAAUGCCCAGAACAACCUUCUGGCUCUGUUCCAUUUGCACUGCUGUGGUAAUCUAGACCCUGUCACCUUAGCAAGCUAUACAUUCACCCAUAGACUGGGCAUCACUGUCUACCUCUGGGACCUCCCAACUGCUUAAGGAGGGAAGGGAUGUAAAGUGCCCAGAGCAGGGCCCCAGACCUCAUGGUGCUGAUAAGCAGGGUCUAUUUUUCGGUCAGCACUGAGUCGCUGCCCAGUCUACUUGCCUUUCCUUGGUUUUAGGUUGGAAGCCAACUAGCAUUUAGCAAGCCUCUACCUGAACUGGGAUGCCUCUCUUGAGCAUCUCUGCCUGGCCCAUCAGCGAGGUUCUAAGCUCAGAUCUGAUGGUGCCCUUUGUUCCCUGGUUUCCAGCCUUCCUGACUCUCCUGCAGGGACCAUAUCCUGGCAGAACCUAUUGCCUGAUUUCAGCCCUGGCCCACUCCCCGCCUUGACCAGGACAUACACAGCAGCUCAGACCAGAGCCCAACCGGCUAGCUACCUGUGGGGGGCCAACAAUCUUGCCCCUGCUCCCCCGCGUGGCUCCUUAUGCCCUUUGGGGUUCUGCUGCAGCCUUCGGCCCUACGUUGCCAGUUCUAGAUCUGCAGCACCAAACCAGCACCCAGGGCUCGGCUUACAUUUCACAUGUGUUUUUCUGCAGUCUUGUUAGGGUCUUCUGUGCCCCGUGACCCUGGCUGUCCCUCUCCUGUCUGGCAUUCUUGUCCUUUUCUUUGGUCUUAGGCUCCCUGCUCUCCCCGGGUCCACUCAAGAAUACCUGUGUGCUCCAUCAGAAACAAGUGGCUGGAGCCUGUGCUCCUAUCCCAAGAGGCCACUGUUGGGAAGGGUGUCCAACUAAGCUCAGCAGAGGCUCUGCAUGUGUGGUCCCAGGGCUGUGCCAUGUGUGGACAAAGACCCUGAGGGAGGCAGAGCUAACCCAGGUGAACAAGUCCAGGGAGUCAAGUAUUGCACUCUGGAAUGGUCAUGGAAGUCACAUAUUUGUCUCCUCUCCUCUGUCAGAGACCUUGGUUUGCUUCAUACAUUUAGGGACUCUUGCUACACUGAAACAUGCUUGUAACUGUGCAGUCUUUGGGAUGUCUUGGCCUUCUGUCAUUAUGAAGUGUCCUCCUUUGUCUGUAGGAACAACUUUAGUUUAAAGCUCAUUCUGUCUUCUAUUACCAUAGCCACUUUUGUUGUUUUGUUGUUGUUUGCAUAGUAUAUCUUUUGUUCUUUUAGUUCCGAUCUAUUUGU